AGAAGAAGAAGAAGAAGAAGAAGAAGAAGAAGAAGAAGACAUACUGUACACUGUCUUUGGUUGAAGGUUUGAUUUUGAGAGCUUGGAAUACGGGUUACUGAGGCGGAUAGCCCCGCUGUAGAGAGCCAAGAUGAUGAACAUGUGGAAAGUCCGGGAAUUGGUUGAUAAAGCAACCAAUGUGGUGAUGAACUACUCUGAGGUGGAGACUAAGGUGAGGGAGGCCACCAACGAUGACCCCUGGGGACCUUCAGGACAGCAGAUGGCAGAGAUUUCCAGAUGUACGUUUAUGUAUGAGCAGUUUCCAGAGGUGAUGAACAUGCUGUGGAUCAGGAUGCUCAGGGACAACAAGAAGAACUGGAGAAGGGUCUAUAAGUCUAUGCUGUUGUUGUCCCACCUCAUCAGGAACGGUUCAGAGAGAGUUGUCACCAGCGCCAGAGAACACAUCUACGACCUACGAUCUCUAGAGAGCUACCACUUCGUAGAUGAGAACGGCAAGGACCAGGGAGUGAACGUGCGUCAGAAGGUGAAGGAGAUGGUGGAUCUGAUCCAGGAUGAUGAUAGACUGAGAGAGGAGAGGAAGAAGGCAAAGAAGAACAAAGACAAAUACAUUGGAGUGUCCUCUGACAGUAUUGGGGGAGGGUUCAGUAGAUACACGGGUGAUCGGUAUGACUCCAGCAGCUCUGGCGGUAACGAGGGAAGCAGCAGACGGAAGUGGGAUGAGGACUGGAAGAGAGACCAAGGCCAGUUCCCCUUCAGUGACAAACUGGGGGAGAUCAGUGAUAAGAUCGGCAGCACCAUCGACGACACCAUCAACAAGUUCAGGAAGCAGAGCAGAGACGACUCACCAGAACGAUUCAGUGACAACGAGGAGGAGCGAGGUCGCCCGUCGCGGAACGGCCAGUCUGGGAGGUCAGUGUUCAAAGACGAGGAGGAAACCGUGACUACCAAGAGCGUCCAGAUCGUCCAGGCAACAGAAACCACAGCAACCAGGAAGAGAGGCGGGGUUCCGUCCAAAACUGUGUCCCUGGGAGCCGCGGCCCACUACACAGGAGACAAGAGCCCCGAUACCUCCGCCAAACAGACUCCGUCCGCAGCAGCACCCCAGCCCUCCAGCAGUGGUCUAGCUGACCUAUUGAUGGUAGAUUCAGGACCCAGCCAGCCUGCAGCAGCCACCGACCUGAUAGGAGGAUUUGCUGACUUCUCCUCACCUGCUGCCUCUGUCGGCCUCUCUACAGUACCUGCCUCCAGUGACUUUGGGGACUGGAAUGCUUUCCCUGACGGCCAGGCCCCCGUCCCCACCCCCUUCGCCCAGCCUCUGGCCCCCAGCAACACUGACCUGUUUGGGGCUCUGUCGGCCAGCUCUGCCUCGGCCCCGGCUCCAGCCUCAGCUGACCUGUUUGACCUGAUGGGUCCGGUCCCGACCCAGUCUCUCUCUGCCUCUCAGAGCCUCACCUUCAAUAUGACCAGUACACAGACCAUCAGCAGCACCAUGCCACAGUCCAGAUCACUGCCCUUCCAGGUGAUGGGUGGUCCGUUGCAGCCCCAGCAGCAGCAGCAAGUCAUGCUGGGUACCCAGGGUUCCAUGGGGUCAGCGAUCCCCUCCACCUGGUCUGACUCUUCGGUCAACAUCAGUCUGGACUUCCUGGCACCCGGCAUGCAGCCCCCCAAACCUGCCCAGCCCACCCUCAACACACUCCAAGGAAGCCAGCCCCUCCCACCCGUCAACAUGCUCUCCCAGGGAUUCGCCGGCAUGGGCCUCGCCCCCAUCAGAACGCCUACAACUCCCAUGAUGCACCCCGGUGCUGGCAUGGGCAUGGGCAUGGCCCCCAGUCAGGGCAUGAUGGGAAUGGGCAUGAACAUGGGCGCCAUGCCCCAGGCUAACAUGACCAUGGGGAUGGGCAUGCCUGGUGCUAUGGGAGUGGGGAUGCCAGCCAUGUCUAUGGGCUCUGGCAUGGUACAGCAGCAGCCCAAGCCAGGAUUGGAUGCCUUCGCGGAUUUCGGCAACUUCAGGAAGUGAGGGAAGAGGAGGUGAAGUGAAAGAGAGGGCUGUUUCUAUUUUACUCUCUAUCCAACCGCCUGUCCUUGAAGGAUUGUAAAGAGCUGCAAACAAAGAGUACUUGAAUGUUGUCAAAUAUCAAAUACUGACUGCCACCCCUCCAUUUCCUGUUUCUUUCCUUUUUUAAGUGACGUUUAGAGAUAUGAAUAUACAUGAAUGUAUGUAUGUUUUAGUCAGUUGGAACUUGCAAUCAAGUACCUUUUUUAGAGGGUAUUCAGUACAGUAAUGGUUGUGUGCUGUUCGGGUUUGAAUCGGAGAGGGAGAACAACUAAGGGAGAGAGUGUGAGAGAGCGAAAAACACUGUAACAGAAUGAUGCUGAAACUCUGAUUUUUCACUUUAAAAUGUAUGCCAAACAAAAACCAACGAUUGCAAAGUUAAACAACCCAUACAAUUAUCUGCACAAGGACGACUUUUAAACUUGUAUGGUUUGUUUAACUUUGCAAGAAUUGUUUUUUGUUUGAAUUACAUUUUAAAGCAUCAUUCUGUUACCAUGGAAUUGUCUAUAUGAAUCUUCAAGCGAAUGUCACUGGGGGAUUUGCUUUACUUAACCAAUUAAAUGUCCAGAGUAGCAAAAAUAGUUUUAUAUGAUAAUCCCACCCCAAUAACUCCCCAUCCAUCUCUUUUAGUGUCAGGUUACCUCGACCUGUCCCUUCCCUACAACUGUAAAUAUUACUUUGGUGUGACAGACAAAUAAGUUAUUGAGUACAUGAUUAUGAUAUGAUGAGGUGUGUGUCGAUUGGACGGAAUCAGAUGUCAAUCAAGACGUUGCUAUGGCAAGCUACAUUGCCAUGGAGUCGGCCUUUAAUACUUACUUUAUAUAACAGCGUUCCACACUCCAUAUGUGGAAUUUCUGUUCAAUAUUAGAUUUAACAAAUCAAUCAAUUGUAUAUUGAUCGAUGGAUUUAAUACGUGAAUGAAUGAGAAAUGAUUGAAAGCUGUUAAAUGAAGAAGCUGUUGUGAUCUC